AUGAUUUUGUUAUUUUUGGAAUUACCUUACUAUUUUCAUUUUUAUCGUUUUUCUAAUCCUGCCUAUUUAAUUAGAAGAAAAGAACCUCUUUAUACUUUAAUAACAACAGUUGACCAUCAAAAUAUAUGUCCUUUUUAUCUUGUUAUAAAAUUACCUCGCAGUAAACAUUGUGAUAUUUGUAAACGUUGUCUUUUAGUUUAUGAUCAUCAUUGCCCUUGGAUCAAUAAUUGUGUAAAAUUCUUAUAUAUAUAUUAGGUUGAUGCUCUAAAUCAUUUGUUUUUUAUUUUAUUGUAUUUGUAAUUACUUUGA